AUGGCUCCAGCACUUAUCGAGGUCCCAGUGGCGGACAGAUCACUCGACAAAUCGGCCGAGGAAGCCUGGUCUAAAGACAAGCGUCAGGGCGCACAGUACAAGGAGGCGUUCCAACAGGGUGCUGCCACCACCAAGUACGACGUUGAGCUGUAUGGUACGGAAAAUCACGCGCCUGCGAAGUACCCAAACUAUUUGCCAUACUGGGACGAUUACAAGUGGCCUGCGCUGGAGCCAUUUGAUGCAGUCGAACAUGGCAAGGACGCUGAUCCAUCUUUCCCGAAUCUGUUGACUGGCGGCGCUGUCAGUGUCAAGGAACUGACAGCCAACAUUGGUGCUGAGGUGACAGGUAUCCAGCUCAGUAAACUCAACAAUGCCGGGAAGGAUGAGCUCGCGCGCUUCGUGGCAGAGCGCAAGGUCGUGGCAUUCAGAGACCAGGACUUUGCUGAUCUGCCGAUCCAAGACGCGUUGGAGUUCGCUGAGUAUUACGGUCCUUCGCACAUCCACCCGGCGUCCGGAGCGCCCAAAGGAUUUCCAAAGGUCCAUCUGGUGCAUAGGAGCGCAAGCGACACCACUGCUGCCGACUAUUUCCAGGAGCGGACGAAUUCGAUCACCUGGCACUCCGAUGUUACGUAUGAGAUCCAGCCACCAGGCACCACAUUUCUCUACCUGCUCGAUGGACCAACAUCAGGAGGCGAUACGCUCUUCGCAAAUAUGGCGGAGGCCUACAGGCGGCUCUCUCCUGAAUUCCAGCGACGCCUCCAUGGGCUGAAAGCCGUUCACUCUGGCCACCAGCAAGCAGCGGCCGCGUUGGCACGCGGGUCCGUCGUCCGUCGUGAUCCCGUGUCCAACGUGCAUCCUCUCGUGAGAACGCAUCCAGUAACGGGCGAGAAAGCGCUUUUUGUUAAUCCACAGUUCACAAAACAUAUCAUUAACUACAAGAAAGAAGAAAGCGAUUUCCUGCUGAAGUUCCUGUUCGACCACAUCGCGCUCGGUGCUGAUUUCCAGGCGCGUAUGAAGUGGGAGCCGAACACGGUCAUCGUAUGGGACAACAGAGUGACGGCCCACUCAGCCAUCCUUGACUGGCAGGAUGGUCAACGUCGCCACCUCGCCCGAUUGACACCACAAGCUGAGCGACCUUUCGAAACGCCCUUUGAGGGAUAG